UGACAAACUAAACAAUUUGGAUAUACCUUAGUGCCGUUUAAAAGUACAUAUUGGGUAUUAUCAGCUGAAAUAGUGCAGGAAUUUUGCUACAUCGCGGGGCACAAUAGAUAUGAAAAUAAUACCCAACUAACUAAGCAUUGACCACGCACAUAUUUCAUUAAAAAUUUUAAUUUGAAUUGAUGGCUUACUUAAUUUCGGUUUUUAAAAGAAAGAAAACUCUCGCAUUGUGUUUCACGUGUUUAGGUAUUUUUUCGUGUUUUUUAUUAUUUCUAAUGACAGCUCCAUGUAUACGUAAAAUCACCUUUGAGAAGCCACCCGAACAUACUCUAUGCGUAUUGGUUCCAUUUCGAGAUGCUUUUGAGGAAUUACUCGAAUUUAUACCACAUAUGAAUGAAUUUUUGAAUCGUCAGAAGAUAAAGUUUUAUUUUGUAGUUGUUAAUCAUGCAGAAGAUGGGAAUCGAUUCAAUAAGGGAUCCGUAUUCAACGCUGGGUUUGAAUUUAUUUCCAAACAAUAUCCGGAUUGCAAUUACAUAGCUCUUCAUGAUAUAGAUUUAUUACCUUUGAAUGAUGAAAUUCCUUAUCAGUAUCCGGGAGAUGAUGUUUACAAUGUAGCCAAUCCUGAUUAUCAUCCUAGGGGAGAAAAAUAUGAUCCAGAACGUUAUGUUGGCGGCAUUCUGUUGAUAUCAAUCGAACAAUACAUUCGCGUGAAUGGCCUGGGUAAUAAUUUUUGGGGCUGGGGAGGCGAGGAUAGGAAUUUUUACUAUCGUUUGAGUAACAAUUCCAUUGCAAGAAUUCGGCCAGAAAAUCUUAGCACAGAUCGAAGCAAUACGUUCAAAAAUAUUCACUCUCCGAACCGCUCGAGAGAUUUUACGAGAAAAUGUUCUAGUGGUGUGAAGAAACAAAAAAAGGAUAAUAUUGAAUACGAUUUUCAAUCGGGAUUACACGAUGUGAAAUAUGAACUUCAAUCUGUUCAUUCGUUCAGGAUGGAUCAAGUACCGUUCACUUUGUACAGCAUCAGCGUACCUUGCGACUAUUCAAAAACGCCAUGGUGUAAAUCAACGUGUUGAAAAUGAUUGGUGGACGUUGUGCAAAUUAGCUGUUGAGUAUGAAUUUUAGUUUCAUGCUGAGAAUUUUUUUUAAAAAGGUCAACUUUUUACAAAACAUUGUAGAUCAGUGAUGGAUAUUUUAAAAGAAGCUGUCAUGCGCCAACAUCAAGGCACCUGCUCUCACACAUCACUGAUCAAAAAUUAAUGAAUUGGAAACUUGGAAUUAGUAGGUACCGAUGUAUAUUUUCCUAUGUGUUUUGAUCACAACUCAAAGACCUCAGUUCCGAAAUGCUGCAAUGUCUGAAUCACAAUUUGCUGAUUAUGAGAUUUGAAGGAGCCUUGACUUUUAAGAUCAACCAAUGAAGGUAUAGAUAGAUCGAAGGCAUUAUAUAGGUUUAAAGUCACGAGUUGUUCUCGAACUAUACGUCAGAUCUAGUCCAUCACGCGGGUAAGUAUCUAAUUUUACAAGGUACCUCUGAGAUCGAUGAUGAGCAAUGUCCCUUGGUAUGUCAGCAACAGAACUCUUCACAGGGACUGGAAAAUUAUGACAGUGGAUGAAAUCAUCAAUAUCAGCUAGAGCACACGCAAAAAGAUUAUACCAGCAUUCCAACACGGAAGCAAUUCAACUACUGGAUAAUAACAUCACUAGAAGACAUGCCUGAACAAAGACUACGGAUUUCAUUGUGUAAUAACUCCUCAUUAAAUGCCAAAUAGGUGUAGAUUCUCUUCACACAGAUUGCUAAUUUUGUGUCUGUUAAUUUCAUGUGGUGAAUGCCUCAUGGCAGUUCUGCUGUUUCUUUGUUAAAUAAUUUAAAAAAACUAGGUACAAUAAAGGUCUUAAGUAGAAAAUCCUUUCCCAACACUUCUUUGGUUUUGGUUUUGAAAUUCAAAAUAUCGGUUUUGAUUUCAUUUACAAAAAUUUCUGUUUCGGUUUUAUUCAAUUUU